AUGAGAGCCAUCGUCUGCCCGCGCGUACCAAUUUCCCCGUCCGAGUUGGUCUACACGACCACUCACCCUGCGCCGACGCCCAAGGAAGGCCAUGUUCUCGUCCGCGUGAAAGCGUAUGGUCUCAAUCGUUCUGAGCUGUUCACGCGCCAGGGUCUUUCGCCUGGAAUACACUUCCCGAGAGUGCUCGGUAUCGAGUGUGUCGGGUUGGUGAAAGACACAGGCGGAAGCUCAAAGUGGAAAGAGGGCGAUGUUGUCGCUGCCUGCAUGGGCGGUAUGGGUCGUCAGUUCGACGGUGGAUAUGCGGAGUAUGCCCUCGUCCCGCACAAAUCUGUGUCACCUCCGGUACAACUUCCCAAAGACAUGAGCUGGGCGCAGUUUGCUGCUAUUCCGGAGACAUUCCUCACUGCAUGGGGUACACUCAGCGAGUCUUUGCACUUGAAGCCGACGGACACGCUCCUCAUUCGCGGUGGAACAAGCAGCGUCGGGCUUGCCUGUGCGGCGCUCGCCAAAUCGUCGCUCUUUGCCACAGACCCUAGACCGAUUGUGAUCUCGACCACGCGCAACAAGGAUAAAACCGCAGCCAUCAAGGCCGCCGGUGCGGACAUCGUGUUAAUUGACCGGAGCGACUCUGUCAGCGAGGAUGUCAAGCAGGCAACUGGAGGCCGAGGUGCGGACAAGUGUGUAGAGCUUGUCGGUGGAACGACCUUGGUCGACUCGUGCGCGAGCCUUGCGGACAAUGGGGUGGUGUCGAUGAUAGGGUGUCUGUCUGGGGAGUGGACAAUAAAGGACUUUGACCCAAUGCAAGCUCUUACUCCUUGGAAGCACUUGGCGAUGUGUUCGUCUCACUAUCUCGACAUUUCAACAGCCCCCCUGCAGUGGAUUGUCAAUGCAGUGGCCUUCGGAGAGCUUAAGUCUAGCGUAGACAGGGUAUUCAAAAUGGAAGAUACGGGCAAGGCUCACGCAUAUAUGGAGGCAAAUUCUGCAGCGGGAAAGGUGGUCUGUCUUGUUGACGACGAGGAUAGGUAA